UUGGGGAAGAGUUUAACUUCAUAAUUUCAUUCAUGACUCCAACUUAACCUCGUUACAUAACAUACAGAAUAACAAUGAUGUUGCAAUCACAGGUUUCACUGACAGUUAUAAGUCAAUGUGAGAUCAACAACCAAAAUGUUCUUAUAUAAGAGUAUCAGGAGGGGAACAUUUGAGGGAUUCAUGAGAACGACUGAGAGUCCUGGUCAAAUAAUCCUCAGUCCAGCCCCCCAAUUAAUUAAGUAAAGCAAAUAAGCAAGCAAACAAACAAUCAGCAAAGCACUAAACAAACACACAAUUGAGAAAACUAACAAUUGUAACCAUAACACCAGCCACUCAAAUAAUGAACCUAAGUAUCAUAGAUAGAUAAAAGGAUAGAUAAAUCAACUUUCUUGGAGCAAAUGAGCAAAAACUGGGGGGAAAAAAGUUUGGUUUGAAGUGAUUAUCUUUACAUUAGGCAGUCUGGGCUCAACACUCAUAAUGACAAAUACAUAUGCUGAUGUGCCCUUGAGCCAGUUGAAAAGCCUGCAAACAAAUGCACAUAAAAGUCUAGAUUCCUCAUGGUAGCAGGCAAGCUUUCAUAAUAAAUUACAGCAAAUAUUGCCUUCAGUUUUACAAGCAUGGUGGAGUGGAUGUGAGACUGAGUGAAGACGCUUUUGCUGAUUUGCGUACAUCUGUAGCUGUCUCAUACAUGCGAAGCGGCAUCAGUUGUCUGAACCCAAUUUGUUGUGUUAACUGUGUUUUUUUGAAGCAGGCUAUAUCUUUCUGUGCAAUUUGGGAAAUAGGUCAGCCCAGUCUCAGAAACUUGUCAGGGUGACAAACAGAAAACUGCAUGAAUGCCUCCUAAACAAAUCCUAUGAAUUCGUGGGCCUCAGACAAGAUUCCAGUCUGUGAUUUUUGGCCCCGGCACUGUGAUUUUUACUGGGUAUCGCUGAAUGCAGGGCUUUUUCAGCAACUGGGAAGGGUUUAAAGAGCAGCUUCACAAUGGUUGCUUUGUGUUGGGCUCAGCUACUUAGGGAAGGCAGAGAGGCUCUCGGGGGCUGCUAAAAACUCCAAGACAACCCGACUCCAGAUGCUGUCUUCAGUUUGGAAAUUUUAGAGAUUUACAAAAUGUGAACUCAAAGUCAAGAUGCACUGGAACACACACCACCAAAGUAUUUCCAGCUGAGGUUAAAUUAAAUAGAAGUUAGCAGAUCUGCAAAAAAAGUAGGACAAAAGUCUAAAGAUAUACAUUGCAGUAGGUUGCAAAUGGGUUCAGGCUGCAUGCAGAAGGCAAAAAUGUAAAUAGAGUACAUUUCAGAAGGGACUGUUUAUUUAUACUCAUGCUAUCACUGCCAUCUACAGAUCAGCAAUGAAAGUUCAGAUAAGGGUGUUCUCAGUCAGCCUUCACUGGGACCAUCUCACAACAUUUUCUUUCCUUAGACACCAGAUAGUGAGAAUACCAGUCUGUGCAGCUGUAAGCAGCAGAGAUUUCCAUGGCACCAUGCAGGGGCAUGAAAUUAAUCAGAAAAAAAUCACAACAUCCUUUAGAUAUCUGUAAAAAUAUUGCUCGGGUUUGGAAGACAACUUAAUGGGUACUAUGAAAACAUAGGUGUAAUUUUAAAAAAACUGCUGCAUUUACAUACAAAUAUUUUGUGUAAUAUUCCAUAGUGGAACAACUUGGUUUCUUAGGGAAACGUGUAAUUACUUUGACUACACAGCCAUAGUAUAUGUUGUGGAAUAUAAUUAUUUUUUCCAGGGCAACAGGCAGCCAAACUUGUCAUUAAAUGAAACCAAGGUCAGAAUGCACUGCGCGCGGAUGUGGGAGGGGUGGAAAGAAGCUGAAAGCAGGUAGAUAAAACAUUUACUUCUAAUGACUUACCUUCAGCACGGCAGACCAGCAACACCAUGGACAUCGGCUGGGCAAUUUUAAUAAUUGGCUUUGCUGCUCUUGUUGCAGCCUUCCUCCUUCUGGUAAUUGGACUUGUGUACUCUGAGCUGAUGAAUUCAGACAUUCCUCGUGGGGUUGCAAAUAGUGGGAAACUGCACAUGGUUCAUGGUUUGUUUGUUGGCAUAGCAAUUGUGGGCCGGAUCCUGCAUCGUCUGGGCAUUUGUCAUCAGGUCAGUUUUAUCCGAUGGUUCGUGGCCUGUUUUCUCACUCGCUCAAAUCCAGUUCCUGCUGGUCUGCGAGUGAAGGACCUGAAGUUUUCUGAGGUGCCAGUGCGAGUGUAUGAGCCCACUGCUGUGUGUGAUGGCUUGAGAAGAGGUCUUGUGUAUUUCCAUGGAGGUGGCUGGGUGCUGGGCAAUAUAGAUUCUGUAGAUGAAGUCUGUCGGCACAUCGCCAAGAAGUCUGACACCAUCGUUGUUUCUGUUGGGUACCGAUUAGCCCCUGAGCACAGGUACCCUGCCCAGCUGGACGAUUGUGAGACAGCGACGUGCCACUUUCUGUCUGUUGCAGAGGCUGAGUUCAGUGUGGACUCUCGCAGAGUGGCAGUCGGAGGGGACAGCACUGGGGCUAACCUGGCAGCAGCGCUGUGUCAAAGGCUGGCGCGGAGAGAGGACGGACAUCUGCCGUUCCCCUGUGCUCAGGUCCUCAUCUACCCGGCCCUGCAGAUGGCAGAUUUCAACCUGCCCUCAUACCAGCAAAAUCAUGCUGUGCCCAUAUUGUUUCGUGGCCGGAUGGCAUUCUACUUCCUGCAGUACCUCAGUGGGGACAUGUCUGUGUGCCAAGACUUGCUGGAAGGCAACCACGUCCCCACUGAGCUCAGGCCACGCUAUGAAGCCUGGCUCUCCCCGUCCAACUUACCCCCCGAGUGCCUCGUAAGGGGUUUCUGUGUGCAACCAACCCCAGAAUAUGAUGGGGAGGUGUAUCACACAAUCAAAGCUGGUUUGGAACCUGAGGUCUCACCUCUACUGGCAGAUGAUGCUCUCAUUCAGAAAACCCCACAGACCUUCCUUCUCACCUGUGAAUAUGACGUCCUGAGGGAUGAUGGGAUUCUUUACAGGAAACGGCUGCUGGAUCUGAAAAAAGAUGUCACCUGGCAACAUGUGAAGGACGGUUUUCAUGGCAUGAUAAACUUUUUUAACCAGGGCUGGCUCACCUUUCCCUCUGCGCUAGGUGUUGUGGAGAGUGUUGUUAACUAUGUGAAAACACUAUGAAGAUCAUGACUAGGAUCAUGAAUUUUAU